CAUAAGGUAUUCAACAACCUGUAAGACCAUAUAUAUUACGUACUGAAUCCAGGCUUGCGCAUAUAGGUGUUAACCGUUUGCAAAAUGCCCAAGAGCAAGCGCAAUAAAGUUGUGUCUCUUACAAAGGUUAAGAAGAAGGACCGUGCCUGGAAGGAGGGACUGCUGGAGAACAUCCGGAAGUGCCUCGACGCGUACCCCGCCGUGUACCUCUUCAAGCACUACAACAUGCGGAAUGAGAGCUUUAAGCAGCUCCGUGACGACCUAAAGGACAGCAGCAGGUUCGUGCUGGGCUCCACGGCUCUCAUGACGGUGGCGCUGGGGCGCAGCGAGGCGGACGAGUACAAGGCGGGCCUGUCGCAGCUCUCGGAGCACAUCAAGGGGACGGUCGGGCUGUUCUUCACCAAGCUGAGCCACGAGGAGGUCAAGGAGACGUUUGAGAACUACGUGCACGAGGACUUUGCGCGCGUGGGGGCGCGCGCCGCACAUGACUUCAGCCUGAACGCCGGGCCGCUGAACGGACCCAUGGGUCCGCUGCCGCAUACGCUGGAGCCGCAGCUCCGGAAGUACGGCAUGCCCACCAAGCUGAACAAGGGGGUGGUUGAACUGCUGGCGGACUACACGGUAUGCCGAACGGGUCAGAAGCUGGACGCCAACCAAGCCGGCAUUCUGCGCAUCUUUGACAUUAAGAUGGCUGAGUGCAAACUCAAGCUGCUAGCCGUCUGGCGCAGCAACAGCAGCGGCGGAGAGGGGGCGGACGACGGCAGCGGUCAGGUGGAGGUGCUUUCGGAGGAUGAGGAGGAGUAUGGUGCGGUCGGCAACGGAGCGGGUGGCGGGGAGUUCGACGCCAUUGGGGAUGACCUCUGCAUGGGCAGCGGGGGAUUCAGCUCGGAGGAGGAGGAGGAGGAAGAAGAAGAGGAGGAGCAGAAGAAGAAGAAGGGCGGGAAGGGGAAAGGGAAAUGAGGUGAGGGAGGAAGGAGGUGGGGGAAAUUGGCUUUGCUAACCGAGAAGGCAGGGUUUAGGUGCUAGGUUUUGACGGCGGAGAGAGGUUGGGCUGGGAACAGUGACCUAGGUUGCGGAUAAGACGUGUAGGGGUUCUUGGGAGGUACGAAGCAUAAUGCAUUUUGUAUACGUAAUAGGAUCAGCACUGUUUAUGGGAUAGGGGGUAGCUGGUGCGUGCAUCUGACAGGAAACUAGUCCAGUGACGGCUUGAAGCGCUGCGUGGAGAAGGGAAGGGAAGCUAGGAUGAGCUAAUGGAUAGGCUUGGCUGAUGUGUGUAAGGCGCGGGGGCGCAUGGGUAGGGGGCAGGCCAGCGGGUCUUGGGGAACGGCAACUUCCUUGGAAAGCCGCUUUAGGCACGGUGGUGGGAGAUGCGUUAGGAGGGUCGUUGCGGCGGAGGGCCAGGCAUGGGCGGUGCGUUUGGGUCCCAAGACGUGUGCCAGGCAUGCUCUGGCGCCAUGCCCGGCCUUGAUCCAACCUGGGGUUGCCUUGCUAGGGGCCUUAUUUGCAGGCAGCAACAUCAAUAUACAGUGCGGUACUUUCGUGGUUCCGUUGAGCGGGCAGUGAUACAUGGCUGCGUGGGGUCAGUUUGCUGUGCUGAUGCCACUGCGGGCUUUUGUAACCGUGGAAGCUGA